AUGUCAUGUAAGAGAGGCGAUUGGAAGUCGAUAUUCAAGUAUUCCUGUGUCAUCGUACCCCGGGAGAAGGAGAGGGAGAGUCAGAAAAGGUCGCUUGUCGUGGCAAAAGUUGGGCACAAGAAACGCACGGAUAACUCCGACACCCUACGGCGACUCGGAACGCCUCGCGAUUGUGUCUUCUCUACCAAGUCUCACAUUCCUAGUAUUUGCUACACAUUCCCUUUGGAGCUUUCGAUGAAGCUGCUCUAUGCCCAUUCACUAGAGUCUCUAGAAUCUAAACUGGCUCAGGUCAAUCGUUCAAUCCAACUUCGACUUCGGCGGUCGUCGAACAAGGGAGGAAGGAAGAAAGAUUUGGGAUGGAACGGAGAGUUGCAGUAUGCCUACGCCAACUAUGCAGCCACGAACUUUGGUCCCUCCAGUGCCCGCGGCGGGCCCGUCAAUGCGUAUUGUGUUGCCCUCAUGCAUUCUAUACCUACCUCCAUCUCUGCCUCUCCCUCUACGGCGUGCCUGCAGGCAUCCGCCAGCUUCGAGCUCGACUCAAGCCAAGAGAACAAGACAUACGCGAACAAGGGUAAAGUGUUCGACGAAGGCGAAGAUAAAGACGACGCGAUCCUAAUAACAGCCCUUCCCUCCCUGCCUUUUUGCUGUCACGCCGAUCUCAUCCUUAUGGCCCGCCCUGCCCUGAAAUCUGUUGCGGAUCAUAUCAACGCGUACCUCCCUGGCGUGACACAGAUUCCCGUAGGCGAUGAUGUUAAGAGCGAAGAUAUCAGGAGAAUUAUUGAGGAAAUGGUUGGUUUGAGGGAGAAAGGCGGUGCAGCACAGAGAGGUGGCGCUAAGUCUGGACGUGGAAUCGGAAGGACCAUUGCGCUGGAAUCCUCCAACUCUUUCUUCGGGCCCCAGGGUACCCACCGUCCCCCUGGAAAGAGCGUCACGUUCGCUCGCCCUCUCUUCGCAUCUCCGGAUAACGCUAGUAACACCUCAAUAACCAGUCCCAUCAUCGACUCGCCCAGUCUCCACCAGUCUCCCACUCCUGCCCCAUCCAACCCACAUUCGCAUGCCCCCUCUACAUCUGACAUGAGUAUCGCAACUUCCUAUGGAGCCCCUAUUGUAUCCUCCCUCUUGCCCGGAUCAUUUUCACAGCUUUCCCAGUAUACAUCCCACACACAGUCACAGUCCCAAUCGCAAGACAUUUCGGGUUCUGGUUCUGUGCUCUUCCAAUGUCAGAGCGUCUCCCAAGUCGGUUCCCCAACGCCUACUCCACCGCGCUCCCACGUGUCCCACCCUCAGCCAUCUCUUCCGGUAUCCCCGCCCCGUUCCCAUUCUCGUCGAGGACUCCCCUCUCCUGGGCGCUCGAACGGCGGUAGCACCCCGCUUAAUCCCUCUGUGAGCACCCCCAUAAUCUCAUCGUACUCGCAUCGACUCGCCACGUCAUACACGUCGCCCGCACUCUCCCAAUCACUUUGGUCGAUCCCCGAAGCUUUUCUUCCGCACGCUCCGGAAUUCGAUCUUGAGACUGCACUGAGCCUGAGGAGGAACGAAGAUGUUGAUCUAGGCGCGGAUUUCGGCCAUAUUGAUGGCGUAGACGUGAUUGGUUCGGGCCAUCAGGUUGGGGUCGAGGAUCAGGUGGAGAGUGCGAUCGGAGAAGGAAGGGUCGAUGCUCGACCGCGCUCGUGGGGGAGAACUUCGGUGCUAUGUCCGGAUAGUCGUGAGAGUGACCGUGAUGAGAGCGCGGACGAUGAGGAAGGUGGGGUGGGUGGGAUUGACGUGAGGUUGAACGAGAGUAAGAGUGUUCGCGGAGGAAGAGCCGAGGAAAAUCGCGAGGGUAAGACCUACGAGGCAGGAGAGGGCGGGAACACGAGUGAUACCGAUACCCAGGACAGUGCGAGUGCGAGUGGCACCAGUGAGAUUGGAGAAGAGGAAGGGACAGCGACAGAGACAGAGGAUGAAUGCGAGACGAGAACCGAUAGCGAGAAUGAUAUUGAGCCCGAGGAGCAGGAAGAUGAUGGUGGAGUUGGCAGUGAAGACGAGCGCGAAGGUAUGGUGAUGUUUGGAGAGGCUCGAGCUGAGAACCAAUGCGCGAGAAAGGCAAUGGAUGAGGAUGAGGAUGACAAGAAAUUGGACGGCAGGUUGCUCCAGUCGGAGGUACAGCAGCAAGCGUCGGAUUCUCAGUUCGGGGAGAACAAGGAGUUGUCUGCCUCAGGAUCGGCUGCUUCAGAGUUUGGACUGGGUCUGGACGAAUCGUCUUCGUUGGUCGACGUCGUCACUACUCGCGUGCAUCCCUCUUCGACGGGCUACAGCGCCAGUUCUCAGGAUGAGGUCAUCAACGAGAACCAUGUCGAGGCUUGA